GCAGUAAAGCCUUGCUAGGCUGGUGGAGCUUGGCAGCUACUCCCUCCUGCGUCAUGGACAUUGCCAUCCACCACCCCUGGUUCCACCGGACCAUGGCCUUCCCUUCGCAUUUCCUGCCUCGCCUUUUCAACCAAAGGCUUGGAGAGGGCCUGACGAAGACCGACCUGAUGGCGGCCACUCUCUGCCCUUAUUCCAUGAGCUUUCCAAACAUGCAGAUGCUGAGUGUUCUGGACUCGGGUCUGUCGGAGAUGAAGCUGGACAAGGAUAAGUUCUCUGUCUUGCUGGAUGUCAAGCGUAUUUCACCAGAGGAGUUAAAUGUGAAGGUGGUAGGCAACUGCACUGAAGUACAUGCCAAACAUGAGGAGCAUCCAGAUGAACAUGGCUACAUCUCCCAUGAAUUCCACCAUCACUACAUGAUCCCCAAGAGGGUUGAUCUGGUAGUUCUCUCCUCUGCCUCAUCUCCAGAUGAGGUGCUGUCCAUCACUGCCCCCAAUAAAGCCCCCGCAUUGGAAUGGAGCAUUCCCAUCACUCGCCAAGAGAAGCUGGCUGCCACUAGAAAAUAAGAGGGAAGCAGCUUGGCCCAGCAUCCUUCAUAGGACAUUUUCCGCAUUAG